AUGACUGAUCGUCCUCGGCGUGCCAACCAGCAUAAACCAUGUCCCCCUGCCAAUGAAAUUCAAGAACCGGCUCAGUUUUAUUUCACGCUUGGGAUGAGCGAUGUUGAAAUCGUGCACCAUCUCAAAGACCACUACAACCAGGAAGAAUAUGGACUCAGUGUCAUCACCUUUCGUCGGAUGCGAAAUGGCUGGGGUUGGAAACGCACUAGGCAACAGCAACAUACUCUCCAAUCCAUUGAACUGCAUGUCCGGGAGAUUUGGCAUGAAUUGAUUGCUAAGCUGCUCAAGAUCACUGAGCCAACUGCUGUGCAAGCUAGGCAUUGUGGACGACUCAAGCGCAGGUGUUUUUGGUGCGCAGGAGUUAAUGAUGUCUGGCCCCAAGACCAGCAUGACAAAUGGCUGCGCUUUGGGCUAUGGCUGCAUAUCAGCCUCGAUCCAUUCACUGGGUGGAUUAACUGGCUCAAAGUUUGGUGGACCAACAAAAAUCCCCGCCUCAUUGCACGAUACUACCUUGACUGUUGUCGAAAACUUGGGGCGGUACCUUUGAUUACCCAGAGUGAUCCAGGUUCCCAGAACUUUGCGGUUGCCAACACCCAAACAAUGAUUCACCAUCACCUAGAUCCUGGGCUCAACGGAACACUUCAGCACCGCUGGAUGCAAAAGCACCAGAACAUCAAGCCUGAAAUCAUGUGGUCUGUAUUCCGUAGGGACUUCGCUCCGGGCUUUGAGAACAUGCUGGCUGAAGAUACACAUUCACUGACAAUCACCAUCAAUAAUGUAGCUAUGUGUUUCACUGGCUUGCAAUUUCCAUGGCUCCAGGCUGAACUUGAUGCAUGGGCUCGUCGACGGAACCAUAAUGCUCCUCGCAAGGAUAAAAACAAGAUUCUUCCUCAUGGCAUUCCUGCAAUCAUCCGCGCAAAACAUCGUGAAUUUAACUCACUUGACUUCAAGAUUCCAGUGCCAAGCGAGCUCUUUGACGAGGUUGAAGCAAUAUAUGCUCCCUCUAAUCACCCAGUCUUCGAUCUGGUGCCACCUUCAUUUGAACAAUGCGCACAAUACCUCUAUGCUUUACUAGGCAAUCCUCAAGUGUCAUUGGAUUCGUUCUGGAAUGUGUAUCAGAUGUUACUGGCACAGUUCCAGGCAAUUGAAGGUGACAAGGACCUGACUGUUCUGCUUUCACAGGGAGUCACCGAACCUGAAUACGAGGAUGUUCCUUUGCUUCCAAGCAUGCAGGAACUCCCUCAAAAUUCUGGCUUAGUGGGACCUACUAGUUUUCAAUAUAUCAGCAGCAUAGCAAAUCCACCAACACAAGCACUUCAUGGUGUUCAGGACUGGGGAGCACAAGGGGAGAAUUGUGAUGAUGAAGACCAACCAGAGUAUGCAGAGUUUACAGAUUCUGAGUCUGACGUCGAAAGAGAUCAUAGCGAAAAUGCUUAA